GCGAUUGCCGCUGAAGACACGCGGAUUUACGACAGUUUCACAAAACCGCAGCCGUCACAAUUUACGGCCUUGUGGACACAGGCGGAAAGGAGUGGCUGUCAGUAGGCAAUGCGCAUUGGACUGCCGAGUGCAGACACGCUGCCAGGUGGAUCGUUCAAAGCGCUGAUUGUGUCCGUGCUCGUCAGUGUGUUUAUGUUCCAGCUGUUGAGGACCGUUGGACUGAGGGCGUUCUCCAUGGCAUCUGAGACGUACACAUCGGGCACACACUCUGCCGCUUUCGUCACCUGUCCUAAUGAUACGGUUGCCAGGGACUUGGCCAGGGGUAUUGUGGAAAAGAAACUGGCCGCUUGCGUCAACAUCGUCCCCGCGAUCAAAUCUAUAUACGAAUGGCAGGGCAAGAUCGAGGAAGACAGUGAGGUGCUUCUGAUGAUUAAAACAAGAAGUUCCAAGGUGCCUGCUCUCGCUGAAUAUGUCCGCUCUAACCAUCCUUACGAGGUGGCUGAAGUCAUCAGCCUGCCCAUCGACCAGGGUAACCCACCCUACCUCAAGUGGAUAGGGGACAUUGUGCCGGAGUGAAGGUGGACUAAUGAGUGGACGUCAGAGACAAGAUCGAGGCAAAACAAAGUGGCUGUUGCAUUUUUUUUUUUAAAAAAACAAACAAAAUGAAUAAAAGACAUAUUUUCUGAAA